AUGGCGUUUUCAUCUAAAGUUGUUAUCACAAUGUUGUUGUUAGCUAUGGUUAUCGGAUCAACAUUAGCACAAGGUCCAGCAUCAUCACCAUCAAAAGCACCAGCAGCAUCUCCAUCAAAGUCACCAGUUUCUGCACCAACACCAUCUAAAUCAGCAGUAGCACCAACUCCUUCAUCAUCAAAAUCUCCAUCUCCAUCACCAACUCCUGCUACAACAACACCAUCUCCAUCUCCAACAACAUCAUCACCACCUGCACCACCAACUGAUGCUCCUGCUCCAUCAACACCAUCCGGAGUUGUUGUUCCUCCUGUUUCAUCACCUGUUUCGCCUCCUUCUGAAGCUCCAGCCAACGGUGCUGCUACUCACGGCGCUGUUCUUCUCGUUGCAUCAUCUGCUCUCUUAGCCUCUUUGUUAUUCUAG